CUGGUCACACUGCUGCGAUGCUCGAGAAAACGUGGGGUUGAAAAACCUUUGAGCAACGUUGUGCCAAUUCCACAAUUAAACCGCAGAGUUUGCACAAUUUGGCGGUUACACCUCGAUGUCUGCCCUUAUUUACCAGACCCAUUAACCGAAUUCCGCGAGACAGAGUGUGAAUUGUUCUUUUAAAUCGCGAGUUUUAUGUGCGAUAGACUCAACUGCAGGGUGUGUUGCUGGUGCGAGCGAGACGGCAGCUAGCGAAGAGCCGACCAAAACAAACUAACGCUAGCCGGCGGAAAAGGAAGAAGAGGAAGAGCAGGAGUAGAUAAGCCAAAUACAAUACAAUUGAAAAACACAUUAAGAAAUAUACACACACGCACAUAUGUACACGGAGUCACACCCACGAACACACUUGCCUCGUUUAAUCAAUUAACGGGACAACGGCCAAAGAAACAGUUACAGUUCGCUUUCAGACGUCGCGUGCGAAGAUUGUGUCACAGAGCAGCGGGAUAAUAAUACCAUAGCCCUAGGACAUAAUACGUACAUAUAUAGCCGCCAUGCCCGCCGCCGAUGAACUGCAGUCGCCGUCCAGCGAAAUGGUCCUGCUGACCCCCAGCUCCGGCAAUCCUCCCUCCAGCAUUGCCCAACCAGCGGCUAAUCCUGCCGAGAAAGCUCAGUGUCGCGAGGGAUCCGCCGAGUCAGACAGCAGCAGGGUUGUGAUCAAGAAGCAGCUGGGCCUCCUCGAAGGAGUGGCCAUCAUCCUGGGCAUCAUCUUCGGAUCCGGUAUCUUUGUUUCUCCGAAAGGCGUCAUCCGGGAGGUGGAGUCCGUGGGCGCUUCGCUGGUCAUCUGGGUUCUCUGCGGACUGCUGUCCAUGAUUGGUGCUCUUUGCUACGCGGAACUUGGUACUGCCAUACCAAAAUCUGGGGGGGAUUACGCGUAUAUCUUCGAGGCCUACGGAUCACUGCCGGCUUUCCUGUAUCUCUGGGAUGCCAUGAUGAUAUUCGUACCAACGACCAAUGCCAUUAUGGGCCUGACCUUUGCCUCCUACGUGCUGGAACCCUUCUUCGGCGGAGCCUGUGAGAUUCCCAAAAUAGCGUUACAGCUCCUGGCAGCCAUCACCAUCUGCUUCCUAACCUACCUGAAUUCGUACUACAUGAAGGUGACCACCAAGAUGCAAAACGUCAUCAUGUUCACCAAGAUCGCCGCCCUGGUCUUGAUCAUCCUGGUAGGCCUGGUCUGGAUGAUGAUGGGCAACGUGGAGAACUUCACGAGACCCUUUGAUAACACUGAGACUGAUCCCGGCAAGAUGUCGGUAGCCUUUUACUCCGGUAUCUUUUCCUAUGCCGGAUGGAAUUACUUGAACUUCAUGACGGAGGAGCUCCGCGAUCCAUAUCGCAACCUGCCGCGCGCCAUUUACAUCUCCCUACCUCUGGUCACCGGCAUUUAUGUGCUGGCCAAUGUGGCUUAUCUGGCCGUGCUGUCGCCCUCGGAGAUGAUCGCAUCCAAUGCCAUCGCUGUGACCUUUGGCGAUAAGAUUCUCGGCGUGUUUUCACUGAUCAUACCCCUCAUGGUGGCCAUAUCUGCUUUUGGCGGCCUUUCCGUCCACAUCAUGACCUCCUCCCGCAUCUGCUUCGUGGGUGCCCGCAAUGGACACAUGCCGGCGAUUCUGUCGCACAUCAGCGUAAAGAGCUACACCCCACUGCCGUCGCUCGUUUUUCUGUGCUUUCUCUCCAUUGUGAUGCUGGUGGUGAGCGAUGUGUAUGUGCUGAUCACCUACGCCAGCAUUGUGGAAUCGUUCUUUAUAAUGUUGUCGGUGUCGGCGGUUCUAUAUUUCCGCUACACCCGUCCCUGCAUGGAGCGGCCAAUUAAAGUCGCCAUGUGGAUUCCCGCCCUAUUCGUCAUCGUGUGCGCAUUCUUAGUUGUCGUGCCCAUCUAUGUGGCGCCCUAUGAGGUCGGAAUGGGGGUAUUAAUCACCAUAAUUGGCAUACCUUUCUACUACGUGGGCGUCGUGUGGAAGAAUAAGCCGAAAUGGGUGCAGAGCACGAUUGACUCGGUGACCUUCACUUGCCAGAAGCUCUUCAUGUCCGCCAAAGAGGAGAAGGAGGACUAAACUGCCAUCGAAAUGAAAUGGAAUCAUUUUUCAAAACGAUCUAGCUAUUUGGCCCUCCAAAUAACUACCUAUUAAAUCUCUAUAUUGAUGUGAAAGCUUGAGAACGAGAAAGCUUGGCUCGUUAAACCUGAAUACCAAAAAACGAAAAUACCUAAAAAAGCGGAAAACAUGACCUGUACAUCACAAGGACUGGAGAACGAAGUCAAUACUAUCAUAUUUCUAUAUUUAUAUUUAUAAACCAUGACAAAAACUUUUACCUAAAGUGCAAAUUCUUCGAAUAGUAGUUUAGUAUUGAGUUCUAGUUUAGCAUUUAUUUUGCACUCAUUAAAUUCGAAAUCUAAACCAAAGUAAGCCAAAACUGUUUGCCAAAGGUGCGAUAUUCAGGUCGAUAUUUGCCAUAUAAAGCAGUUUCAUAUAAUCUUCUGUUGCUUAUUGUUUAAAAAUUCGGUUAUUGUUUUUGUCCCUCAUUUUACUACCUAAGUGCAUUGCAUUGCAGUUUGUAAUAAAGAUUUUUGUACGUUUCAUCGACG